GGUGCGGCGCCAAUCACAACAUUGACACUCCAACAAGUUCAAGAACAUCUUCACGUAACCUGCUCCUUCUCCACACUCGCUACGUGUCAUGAACAGACAUUUUCUAAUGCCACUUGUGUUAGCUAAAUAUUGAAAUAGUGAAAGUGGAGUGGUAACUUGCAGGAAUAUUCUUUUAGAGGAGUUUUGUCAGAACACUCAACGUCGCUGGUUGUGUGUAUGGGUUUGUUUCUAACAUGGAGGUUAGUGUCUGCUCACAGGAUGGAAGUAUCUCCAUAUAUUUUGUUCUACCUCCUGGGUUGACUGAAGCAACAUGCUCUACUGGCCUGCUCUGUGCUUAUCAGGCAUGCCAUGAUAAUGGUUUAAGCUCCACAUGGUUGUCAACAGAAGACUGCCUAAAAUUGGUUCCUACCAAACAGGAUGUAUUUAUAUGUGAUCCUUUUGAAGGAAAGGCUUUCGAAUACCUCAUUAGUGGCUUUAAGUGUGUCAGGGUACUGGGGCCUCGUUGUAUUUUGUCAUCUAUCCAUCGCAAAGAGCCUAUACCGGAGCUCCCCUCACCUAUACACAACACUGCUAUGAAAGGUCUGGUCAUCACCACAACAGGAUUUGAAAAAGACGUAAAGGCAGACCUCCAGUGGCUGAUUGAAAGGAUGGCAGGAAUCUAUUCAAACAAUUUCCACGAGAGUGUGACACAUCUAGUAGCCAAUUCUGUUGGAAGCAAAAAGUACUGUGUUGCUGUACAGCAAGAAAUUCCAGUUAUGACUGGCGAAUGGGUGAAAGCUGUAUGGAAAUCUGUUGGAAAGGAUUUUCAAGAAGAUAUAUUAGCCACUGACCAACAGUUUUUAUCGUACGCUUGUCCAGUAUUUAAAGGACUUACUAUAUGUGUCUCUCAGAUGCCCCGCAAAGAAAAAGCUGCACUACAAAAGAUGAUUGAAGAAAAUGGUGGUACAUAUUCCAGUACUUUGGAUAUGGCUGAUACUUCAGUGCUUAUCAUACCCACUCCAGAGGGUAAUAAGUACACCUAUGCUCGUAAUUGGCGUAUACAGUGUUUGACGCCCGAUUGGAUUUAUGACUCCGUUGAACAAGGCUCUGCUCUUCAUAUGGAAGGUUAUAAAGUUUCAGUUCGUGGAGCCUCGACCCCAACCAAUGAGAAUACCGGAAAUAUGCCUCCAGAUAUUUCACUCUGCAGCACUAUCAUGAAUGAGUCUGAAGCACCAAAAUUGUCACACAUUAAUGAGACGCUAGAUAUGGAGACAUCACUAGCUGUGAAGAAGGACUCGGUUAGUGAUGAUAAGGUGAAUCGUGGGUUGGAGGCCAUAGAAAAUCUAGAUUUGCAGGAGGCAAUGAAAGCAGGAAUAUUCUUAGAUGGAUGCAAGAUCUUCUUGUCUGGAUUUGGCACCACUCACAUAGAAAAAUUACGCCGAGUUCUCAAUGCCGGAGGAGCCACUCGUUUCAAUCAGCUAAAUGAAUCUGUUUCUCAUAUUGUUUUAGGAAAGAGUAAUGAAGAACACCUUAAUACUGUCCUGAAGUGGACAUCCAAGCCCCAUAUCGUUUAUGCUGACUGGAUUAUAGAAAGUAUCAAGCUGAGGCGACCAGCAGAUGAAAGCCCUUUUUCUUACUUACUUGAUACUGAAAAAUGUAUUAUUUCGAAUGAAGCCGAUAAGUUUGGCAAAGUUCCUGCAGCUACUUUCCCUGAUAACAAUGAGACCUAUGUGGAUGAAGAAAUACUUAAUCAAUAUUUAAGGACUACUAAAUGUGAUGGUCCUAAGGAUUUCAGCAUGAAUGAAACUGGUAAUAUGUCUUCACUCCCAGACUCUCAGGUAUCCUUUGUGGCAGGAAUCUUCAGUGGGAAAGUGUUCACCGUGUCUGGCUAUAAUGAAGACACAACUGAGGACAUAAUUAUAACAAUUCGUGAGCAUGGAGGAAAAAUGGUAUCAUUUGCUUACCAAGGCCAAGUUCAUUUCUCGUUGUUGGAUGUUAGUGGAAAUGGAACAGUUCAUUCUAGAGCAGAAGAAAUAAUAACCUUUUAUUUCAUCGAGGAUUGUAUAGAACAGAAGGAGCUUUUACCAGUGGAAUACUUUCAUGUGCCUUUGCGCCUUCAGGGAGAUUCAGGUUGUCUUGAAGGUUGCAGUAUUGCUAUCUCUACAUACAAAGGCAAAGAGAGAAUUUUUCUUGUAAAUGUUGCUGCUGCUUUAGGUGCUAUGUUUCAAGAAGUUUUUGCCAAAAAAUCCAAUGCAGCUAAAAAUAUCAUGGCUUCCACCCAUCUCAUAUGCCCAGCAGCUGAGGGUGAUAAAUAUCGUGCUGCCACAAAAUGGGGUGUGCCAGCAGUUACGUGUGACUGGUUGCUGGUAUGUGCCCGAAGCCUCAAAAAGGAAUCGGAAGCGGUUUAUAAUGUCAACAGUAAAAAAUACCCUGAGUUGGAUAGGAAAGCACUUGUAAGAGGACUUGGAGGCGAGUUUAGUAACGGCACUUUGUGUCGUGUUGAAGAAACGAUGGACAUGGAAAGAAACGACACCCUUGUUCCUGCAACACCUGUCAAUAAGCAGAUUAAAACUCUUCGAGAGCAGUCCCUCCUUUCUCCAUCCAAAAUUAAGACACCAGAUGCAGAAAGCUUUAGAAAACUUUAUCCUACACCUGGUGUGUCUAAAACUAAUAGAAGCCUUUCUGAAAUGCCGACUCCAGACACUCCAUACGGAAGUACAUGGUAUCCUAAUCCAUCUUCUCAAAUAAGAAAAGGAUUCAAGCGCCUAAUAGAUUCCAUUCCAGACCCAGCACCAGUGAAGCGUCGAGUUCCACCAGGAACUCCCAUUGAGGAAUAUUAUAAAAGAUUCUCUGUUGAUGUAAAAGAAACAGUGCAAAAUUACAAGGUAAAGGAACCUGUUUGGCUAAGGAAGGAUAAAAAUGAAAAGUUGGGGGAUGAAAAUGUUCAAAAUGUAGCAGCUGAUAACCACGGUCCGUUGACUGGUGUAGUUGUGUGUACAUCAAAUAAGCUACAAGGUCAACAGAAAGAAUUGUAUCAAACUGUGGCUGAUCUUGGAGGCGAAUAUCGUUGGGCUUAUGAUCACACAGUCACGCACUACAUUUUUCAAGGACGAAAUAAUGAUACACACAAAGAGUUUAGGAUCGCCCGAGAACAAGGGAAGUUUAUUGUGGCACCCGAUUGGGUGUGGAUGUGUCACGAUGAAAAGACAAAGAUAGAUGAACUUCUGUUUCCACAUACUCAUAAUCCAAAAAUGUCACUCUCAAUAGUCAGCACCAAGACAACACCCAGUACAAAGAAAGGACGACCGACGAAGAAAAAUCUUUUUGAGGUCGAUAAAAUUAGUGACGAAGAAGGUGAAGAAACAGGACAGAGCAAUGAUGAUGGAGAAAAUUUAGAGAGUGAAGAUCAAAAGAAAGCUGCACUGUCAAAGCAGCUGGAAGAGAUUGAGGCCUUAGCAACUAAUAGUGGAUCAGUACGGAGGAAUUCUGGGGCUAGCAGAAGUAGAUCUAUUAAUGAGAGAUUAAAACAUACACCAACUAGACCAAUGCAAAUUGAAACACAGCCAGUUGCUGCUGAGGUUCCAGAGUCGCAGAAUACAGCCAUCACAUGGGUUGACCCUGUAGAGCGUGAGGCAAGAUUAAAGUUACAACACCAACUAACAAAAGAUACUCAGGAUAUCAUAAAUGACAACCAGCAGUUGUCAUCAGAAGAGAGUGAAAAUGACAAGGAGAACUCCACAGCGGAUCAGGACGUAACCUUACUGUUUGAUGCUGAACGAGAUGUGUCUACAGUUAAGACUGCAAACCAGCUUCCCUUGUCAAAACCUCAAUACAUUAUUGUGUUACUGGGUAUGUCUGAAGAAGAAAAAAGUAAAUACACUGAAAUGAUUGAAGAAUUAGGAGGAACAAUCAGUAUGGACCAAAAUUUUGACCCUCUUAGUACACAUGUAGUCACAGGAAGACCAUCUCGUUCAGAAAGACACUUGGCAUCAAUAGCAUCAGGGAAGUGGAUGCUACGUAGCUCUUUUAUAGAAGAUUCCUUUGAGGCGGGAUGUUUUGUUGAGGAAGAGCCACAUGAAUGGGGUAAUCCGGCUAAUACAUGUAUGCCAGCUUUAGUACCUGAAAGCCUAGAGUUCAGGUUGGCUUCUGCUGCUCGAAGAUGGCGCAUUAAAAUUCACGAUGUAUCCAAUGGCGGUGAAACAAGAGGGGUCUUUCAAAACAUGAGAGCUUUGAUCCACUCCAGCCGAGAACGGAUAGGAGCCUUUACUCGUCUUAUUGAAGCAGGUGGUGGAACGGUUAUCAGAGGAAUACCUCCAUACAAAGAAGAGAAAGAUGUUACUCAUUUCUUCCUGGAAAUGAACAAAACUCCAGAAAAGAUUGAUCUUGCCAAUUUUGCUGCACGUCAGAUUCCUGUCCUCCUUCCUAUUUUCCUGAACGAGUAUUUGAUCAAAUAUCCACUGCCAAUUGAAGCAGAGCAUUGCAUUCCUGAGUACAAACAAAUCGUUGCAGAUAUGAGUAGAGCUGAUCAAAGUCCCAUUAAAAGGUCAAGGAGGAAGUAAAAGUUAUGGUGUUGGGAUAUUCUGGUGGCUGGUGAGGAUGCAAGUAAGUGCCAAACUCAUCAGUAGGAACCAUGUAUGCUCACCAUUGCUGUAUCAUUAGAUCUGGUUAUCUGAAUAUACUGUGUUUAAAACCAGGUUUAUUGAAAUACAGAUGAAUAGAGUAUUUUUAUAUUGUGUGUUCCCUGUAUAUAUUUGAAUUUUGUAUUUUAAUACUGUAAUUAGUGAAACUCAUGCCUUGAACACACAAUGUUCUACAUAUCCACAUUGAAAAUGGAAUGGGAGGUGUAAUAAAUGGCAGAUACGUUGGUUCAUAUGCUACACUUCUUCAAACUACAGUACUUGUAUCAUAGUUGGCUUCAAAUGUCUGUUUCUUGGUUUACAUUCUUCUCAUUUGUUCUGUCUUAGUAUAGCUUCCAUACCUGUAUUACACUUAGUUCACAACUUGCCUUCCCUUCACCACCACCAGUUGUAAAGAGCACUGCCUCUUUCUCAUAACUUUUGACAGAAAAUACUUGCACCUUUAUCUGUCAUAUCAUCUAACAUUUUGAUUCCUGUCAAAGGUGUUGCCUUGACAUAUUGAGGGGGCUCUUGUGCGCUACCUUCAGGCAGCUAUCUUCUGGCCCUUCCCGGGCACUGACAGUUCAGGCAAAUGUACACCCCUACCCUGACCACUCCUUGUUUUGCCUAUCCACCCAAGAUGGAGGUGGUGAUGGCACAGUACAUUGUGUCUACUGCUUCAGCUUCACUCCACCUCUGACUUCUGGCCAGAAAUGUUAGCCUGGUCCCUACUCCCUCUUUCUCCCUGAUCCAGCCAACUCUGCAAACCUUCUUCAUGGCUCUCCUCCUAUCUCUAUGCUCAAAUUGCCUGCUAAUCUUGAUAUGGAUGUUGCCAAUGUACACAUUCCUCUGCCUUAUGCCCCAUCCCCCCUUUUGCUCCAGAGCUCUUUGUUCCCUUUGUUAGCUCGGCUUGCCUAAAUGCACUAAGCUGCCACUUUCUACCUUAUCGAACCCUGCCUGUUCGCUCCAAACCUUUUCUCUCAUUUUGACACUUUUUCAUCAUUACAUUUACCUGUUCCCCCUAACCCCGAUUUGUCUGAUCGUGUUCUUAUUACACUGAAGUAUUUUGGGUGUCUUGUAUUUUAUUCUCAAUGUGUAUUAUUCAAAAGAAUAUACGUGGUUUUUAUGCUAAUUUUAAUGAGCUGCCCCUUAUUAUUUCCCAUUUUGUGUGGCUUUGUGUAUGUCUCCAUUAGCACUCGUCCUGGUCACAGGAUGAGUGACCUGUACACUUGUACCUUUUCAUCAUCCCCUGUCCACCUUUUUCCUGUGCUACUAGCUCUACUCCUUUAAUUUGCAAUGAUGUUUCCUUCCACUGCCACUCGUAUACUUGUGAAUAAGUGGUGUACCGUCUGUUCCCUUUAUCUCCCUCCUACAAUUUCCAAUCUCUUCUUGAACGUAAGUACUUUUUCGACUAGAUUCUUGGAGUCUGUACUCUCUUAGGUGAUUUUAACUGUCAACAUGCACUCUGGGCUAGUAUUCUUACUAAUAUCCAAAGUCAUCUUUUUGAACCUUUUGUCGUCUCUCCAACUUUUCUUCCCUGAAUUUGGGUGUGCUUACUCAUGUCAACUUGUGUACUCUCACUCUUUCCUGUAUCAAUAUUUCUGUUUCUCUUCCAUUUACAUUGACCUGACAUGGAGGGUCCUUGAAAACCUUCAUAACUGACCAUUUUCUCAUCACCUUAUCCCUUUUUUCUUCCCUCCCCUCCCUCUCUCUCUUUCCCUAUUUAGAUAUGAUAGGCAGACUGGAAUCUCUUUCACCACCUACACUGCUCAUUGCUGUCCAUCAGAUGUUCCUCUUCCUUUUUCAUCUGACCUUAUUAGAUGCUGUUGGUAUGCACUCCUCCCUUUUCCUGCCUAAAUUAGGCUCUUGACAGCCCUGCAUCAUCUUGAUACUCUAUAUCAUAUGGUGGUUACAUCUCAGCUCUUGUGCAUUUUGUUCAUCCUAUCCAUGUUUCUAUAUGUUGAAACCAGUUUUUUCGUUUCUACAGGAUUAUUUUACUCGGGACUGCCUUCGGUAUUUCAUGCAAUCUCUACAACAGCCCCAGUCCAGCUUGUGCCAUGUACUCCUCUGUGGGCCCUGUGUCCCUAGUCCCUUCCUAACUUUUAAUGCAAAAAUGGCCUCUUUACAGGGUUCUCUUAUUCUCAGUACAUGUCUGCAAUGUUCCUCCCUUUUAUUGUUGCUGCUUUGCAUGGAGGGGUCACUUGUGACAUUUUGUAAGGCCUUGACCAACACGGUGAAGGCUUAAACCCCUCCUACUGUUAUAAUUCAUCUUUUCCUGGAGCAUUUUUCCUGCCAUUCAUGCUUUGCUGCCCUAUUCACACAUGGGAGGAAUGCUACUGACAGUGUUGGCUACUCCAUUGUUUUCCCAAUUGUACAUUGGGAAAUGUGUGCUGUUUCAUCCUCGAGAUUACCAUUUUUAUGGUAGAGCUUAAUGCAGUUUUUAUAUGCUCUGUGUCAGCCACUUUUUUUUUGCAUCAAAUUUCCUGUAUAUUGCAAUUGACUCUUGCAGCACCCUCAUUGCUCUGGAGUCUUUUAACCCUUCUCAUAUUGUGGUAGUCAAAAUCCAAUACUGACUGUUUAUCUUUACUAGAUUUAAGACAGUCGGGUUUUGUUGGGUUCCCAACCAUUCGUACCUGCCCCCAUCUCCCAUACAGGAUUCUUUAUUCGGAUUUCUACCCAGUUAAUUCAUACUACUGUCCAUGACCAUUGUCAUAAUUAAUGGCCUCAUAUGAUGGCCAGCAUAUUAUGUAUAUAAUCUUGAAUGUUAGUUAUCCCUGUGGACUUUCUUCUUCCACCUUAUAAUAGGUGGUUAGAAAUGACACUGGCACAAAGCUACAUAUCAGCAGAACAUGCUUAACUCAUGGGCACUUAAUGGAACAGCACCCAUCUUAGUGUCCUUUCUGUAUUGUCCCACUUAGUCAUGCACUGCUUGUAUAAUGUUCCAAUUUUCAGGAUCUGUAUGUUUUGCUUUCCCAGUGUCCUGCUGAAUCACUUUUUCCUCGGAUAGAAUCCUUAGGAAUUUGAUGUCUUUUACAUUACUGUACACAUCUUGCAUCCUUGUCCUCUCAUAUUGGCAUCUGAUUAAUAUUUAGGACCCAUUGAAUAUCAGACACAAACUAUGCAAAAUAGUCGUCCUGCCUUUCCUCUCUAACCUGCUGAUGAUUUUGAGGAUGAACAUUCCUAUGUCCCAGCUUCUGACCAGGCCUAAUUUUGAAAAUUACUUACCUGUAGUUGCUAUAACACUGCUGUUUCAUAUCUGUUCUACUUUUUUAAUAGUCAAUUUGACAAAAGUUUCAUUCUACUGCACUUUUCAUUUCUUAACUUAACUCUUCCUCCUAUUUUAAAGCAGUAUAAUUUCUUGUUCUAUUAUUCCAUAACACUUAAGUAAUAUUCCUGUUUUGUCUUUAGCAUUUUUUUGCAAUUCUCGUUAACUCCUUGGUGAAUCUGUUUACUGUCAUACUGUAUUAGUAUCCUUAAUUAUGUCUGGGGGAUCUUGAAUAUUCUGUAACGAAAUGCUAAUCACCUGACCUAGUACUAUCUUUGGAUAAUUACUUUUCAGUUAAUUUUAAAUUUUUCAUAUCUGCUCUAGUGUGGUCAUCAAUGUUUGUUAUACAAAAUCUUGCAUUUGCACUCCAUGAAUCUUUUCUGGUCCCAAAAAUUAAUGAUCACUUAGGUAUGGAAUAAUGAGUUGAAUACAUAUCUUAAAACUCUUGUGUGCUUUUAGUUCAUCUGGUAGACACCUACAUAUAUGGCAAUACUAUAAACUUGCUCAAUAAAAUCUGUGGAUAACAUUUGUAAAA